CCUGAGACGGAGCAGAAAGCCUUACGUUUUACCUUAAGGUUUUAAUUGGGAUUUUUUUUAAUUGUAGCGCCUUUUGAGCCAAAUGGUAUUUACAUCCCGGAGGAGCCUGAGCUGAAAAAUGCCUCUCCAACUUCUUGAAGGGAUGUCCAGCAGGAAGCGAAGACCUAAUUGGACAGACCAGGAGUGUCUGCUUCUUGCCCAGUUAAUGCAGGAAAGGAAAGACAUAAUCAGAGGGAAGUGCAGCACUGGAGUGUCAAUACAAGAUAAAAGACAAGCGUGGGAGGAAGUAGCCCAGGCCAUCAAUAUUGCCUUUCCUCAAAUUCAGCGUACAGUUUCUGACUGCAACAAAAAGUGGGAAAAUCUGCUAGCAAAGUCAAGGGAGGAGAUCAAACGACAGAAAAGGCAAGCGGGUAAAGAUGAAGGCCUGUCCCUUGAAGAGCUCAGCACUGUGACCCAAAUAGUGAUUUCUGUGAUGAACCUCUCAGACAUGCUGCAACAAGAUCGAGAAGACUCUUCAGUGUCAGAGUUGGUGGAAACUAAACAAAACAGCUGUGAUAAAGAUGGAAACGACCCCACAACUGAUGAAAGAAUCACAAACAAACGUCCACUGAUCGAGCGUAAGUAUCCAGAUCAAUCCGCCUCUCCAGGAGAACAAAAAAUGUCUGCUUUUACUAAUGUUCCUAAAUCACUCGCAGUACAGUUCAGUACUCCCCGUGCUGCUGUCUUUACUGUCUCUGGAGAACACUCAGAUACUCCCUGCUCCACUUCUCCAACCUCAGUGCACUGCACAACUUUGCAAGAGCGAAUGGAUUUGGAAAUGUCUGUGCUGAGAAGACAAGAGGCUGUACUCAAGCUGCAAGAAGAAUAUUACACACUAAAGAUCAAGCUGAUGAAAAAGCAAUUGAAAGAGCCACUUCAAAAGGACUAAGGUAGUUGUAGAAAACUCCCUGUUGCACCUGCAUAUGAGUUGUGCCUGCUUGUGAAAGGUGACCAUCAUGAUUUGUCAGUUUUACAAUUGAAAUCUGUAAUAGUUUUUUGUGUAGUGGACACAAGUAUAAAACUGCAAACAUCACAUUUAAUCUGGAUGAAGACGUAUUCCAUAUUCUGCUAUUGUGAAACACUGAUCAGGUUUGUUCUGUCGCUCAAAGUAAAAAAUAUCUUCAUAUGAGCUGGUAAAAAUAUUUCAUUGCAACAUGCAUUCGGGAUGAUAUCUAUACAUCACUACAAACCAGACCUUACUAAAACUGUUUAUUUAUGCCAGAAAUAUUGUUGUUCUGUAACAACUAAAUUUCUAUUUGUAGUUAUUACCAAAGUCUUUCUAAAGUCACUCUACAGUACUGUAAUUGUUAUAAUAGUGAGCUAUAGUCAAUUCAGUGUUUGCUGUAGCCCUUAUAAUCCUAUAAUAAUGCACAGAUUGAGCCAUAAAGUGUUUUUUCCUCACAGUGGUUUAAUUGUCUUUGUGCAGCAAAUCCUUUUUUGUGUUUUCGGUUCAUACUAAUGUACAUCACUAUAAAUAUUACAGAAAAAGAUAUAUCAUGAGAUACAUUUCUGCUUUUCUUCCUGACCAUGUACUUUUGUUAUGAAUGACAGUGAAAGUCAAGGGAUUCAUUAUGUUUGUCGCCUCACGUUGCCUUAUUAUCACUUCGCUUUUAUGACCAAGUCAAGAGUGAAAUUUUUUUGUGCUGUGUAAAUGAUUUGUUGCUUUGAAUACAUAAAUAGUUAUGGACUCGAAGCACUGACCAGCUUUUAAUGAUAGUUUAUAUCAUAAGUAUUGAUAUAUAAUAUGAGUUAGACAGCCUCUAAUGUGAUGCAUUAAUAUGUCAUGCCUCGUGCCAUAUACAGUAACUGGAAUUUCACACAGUAAAGUCUUAAAUUCCUGAAAUUGAUUUAUAAUUUGUAGGAAGUAUAAUUUGUGUUUUUCUGUCAGUGGAGUCCAAUUCACAUGUAUAGUUUUACCCUGUGAGAAAUUUUGUUUAUUGCCGAUUCAUGUCAUUUACUCUGUAAGUGCAAAUUUGGAAGCUGUAAAUGUUUGACAUAUACCAAUAAACAUAUUUAUGAAAAUUGAACUUGAUCAUGCCAAUGUAAGUAAAGCUAAAAUAAUGUCGUGUCUAGACAAAUGUAGUAAUUUGUGUGUAAUAUUUCUCAUAAAUCCGUUUAUUUGUAAGUGACUGAGUUUGGCACCCAGAUGUAAGCAGUGGGGCCCAGAGUGUUGAAUAAAAGUCUG